UUUUUUUUCCUUGUCCCUUAGGCAUUCCUAAAUGUAUUGGACCAGUGUCCGAAACUGGAGGUGGACAUCCCUCUAGUAAAAUCCUACCUAGCACAAUUUGCAGCCCGUGCCAUAAUUUCAGAACUAGUGAGCAUUUCAGAACUAGCUCUGCCAUUGGAAAGUGGCACUCAUUUCCCGCUGUUCUUGCUUUGCCUUCAACAACUAGCCAAGCUACAGGACCGUGAAUGGUUAACGGAACUCUUUCAACUGAGCAAAGUCAGUAUGCAGAAGAUGCUGCCAGAGAUUGACCAGAAUAAGGACCGUAUGCUGGAGAUCUUGGAAGGGAAAGGACUUAGCUUCUUAUUUCCACUUCUGAAACUGGAAAAGGAGCUAUUAAAGCAAAUAAAGUUGGAUCCAUCCCCUCAAGCUAUCUAUAAAUGGAUUAAAGACAACAUUUCACCAAAACUUCAUGUAGAUAAGGGAUUUGUUAAUAUUUUGAUGACCAGUUUCUUGCAGUAUAUUUCUAGUGAAGUAAACCCACCUAAUGAUGAACCAGAUUCUUCAUCUGCUCCUUCUAAAGAGCAGUUAGAGCAAGAAAAACAGCUGCUUCUUUCAUUUAAGCCAGUAAUGCAGAAGUUCCUUCAUGACCAUGUUGAUCUACAAGUGAGUGCUCUGUAUGCUCUCCAAGUGCACUGCUACAACAACAGCUUCCCAAAAGGCAUGUUACUGCGCUUCUUUGUUCAUUUCUAUGAUAUGGAAAUCAUUGAAGAAGAAGCUUUUCUGGCAUGGAAAGAAGACAUUACACAAGAGUUUCCAGGAAAGGGCAAAGCUUUGUUCCAGGUAAAUCAGUGGCUGACCUGGCUGGAAACUGCUGAGGAAGAAGAAUCUGAGGAAGAAGCUGACUAAACCAGCCAAAGCCUUAAAUUGUGCAAACAUACUGUUGCUAUGAUGUAACUGCAUUUGACCUAACCACUGCGAAAACUCAUUCCGCUGUAAUGUUUUCACAAUAUUUAAAGCAGCAGUGGGUCAGUAGGACUUACUUCUGCGUAAGGGUUUUUGUAGUAUGUCUUAAUCAUAGUCUACCAUAAAAAUAUUUUAGAGUAUCUUUAAUGUUUAGAUAACAGUGUAUUAGCAGCAUGCAAUAAUUACAACAUAAGUUCAGAAGCAGUCUGUGUAAGGAUCUUCUUUGAUGCCAGUUACCAUAGGCUGUUUGUUAGAAAACUGAAUAGCAACACUGAAUACUGUAGAAAUGCACUUUGCUCAGUGUAAUACUUGAGUUGUUGCAAUAUUUGAUUAUCCAUUUGGUUGUUACAGAGAAUCCUUAACUGUAAUCGAUGGUGGUUGCCGUAAUAGUAUAUUGCCUGUAUUUCUACCUCUAGUAAUGGGCUUUUGUGCUAGAUUUUAAUAUCUUUGAGCCUGGGCAAGUGCACAGAUCUUUUAAAAGAAACAUGGUUUACUUGCACAAAAAAUGAUCAGUUUGAAGAGGUGGAUAAAUGCCCUUGGAAGUGGUCUUUGUGGGUGUGAAACAAAAUGGUGAGAAACUGAAUUGGUCCCUAUUAUAGUAUUGAAAUUAAGUCUACUUAAUUUAUCAAGACAUGUUCAUGCCCUGAUUUUAUAUACUUGUAUCUAUCAAUAAACAUUGUGAUACUUGAA